ACGGAAGCAGACGACGGCGCCGCUGUUGCAGGCACAGCUGAGGACGCCCGUCCGUCCGCUUCAUGUCUUCCACCAUGUCGGAGACCACAAACAACAAUCCCCCACAUGCGAUUCCGAAUGGCGAAGAUGAACAGACAGAUGUUGUGGACCCCGAGAACUUAGAAGUGGAGACAAAGCCGGUGUGUCGGGGGUGCAGCUUUCCUUAUCUGCUAAUCCAGGCACUCAUCCACCUUGGCAUCUACAUCCACAAGUUAUCCGAAGACGGCUACACGGUGUCCACGUACUACCAAGAGAAGCACGUUUACUACUGCAUCGUGUCUGCUCUCUGCCUCUUCAUUCCUUCUCUGGUGUACACCGUCUACCUCAUUGCUGACAGUAUCUUGGACAAAAGCACUCCGCUCUCCGAUAUAUGCACCAAGGUCAUUAAUGGCAUGCUUCUCGUGCCUUGGCAGAUCAAAGGGCACGUGGAGGUUCUGCACUACGCGGCCCAACGGGUUUGCCGCUGUGGACCUCCCAGCAAAGUGGAGCACUCUCGCAUCCGGACCUUGGAGAGGGAGACAUUCGUACUGGAAUUCUUCGAGGACUUUUAUGCCGGAUUCGUACAAAUUCUUCUGCAAGUCUACCUCAUCGUGCUCUUCCUGAAUUCCUCGCAGCCCUCGAAUGCUCUGCUGGGCCAACUGGUCGGCUCCGUUUUGUGCCUCUACUCGCUCAUUAAAGCUGUACAACGCAGAGACGACGGCAUCCUGACUCGUACCCUUUCAUACGUGGGCUGGAUAGCCGUCACCACCUCCCGAGGCCUGGCCCUUUCGCUUCUCACCUCCGUCAUCCAUGGGUGGAUCGUGGUCGCCUGUCUCUUACAUGCCGCUGCCAUGACGGCGUGGAUCACCAGCUUCGUCCGUGAGGCCCACCGUCGUCUCGAAAGCGUACGCCGUACUUCGGACACGGAGCCCCUGCCCAGUCCCUGCGUAAUCAUCACUCUUAUUUUCACGCUGUUUGGCCUGCCUUCGCUUGUCUUCUGGCCAAUAAUGUUCGAUUUCAAAGUGAGAAGACGCGUUUUUGUGUUUGUCUUCACGUUCCUCGUAGAGAACCUGCUUUGUUUCGGAGCGUGGCAUCUAUGGGGAAGCCAAUCCACCCAAGAGAACCAUAAGGUGGUCAUAUCGGCAGUGUUGCUCGGAUGCACGGCUGUCGGCGUACUUUUCAUCGCGCUUUAUUCGUGCUGCAAGCCGGAAAAGACAGACUUGGUUGUGCUACAACACAUCCGUGAAGAUAAUGCAAAUAAGUAUGGAAUCUACUUUGAUUUCUGUAAAGUGAUCAGGAUAUUACCAGAUACGCAAGACAUUGCGAGGGACCUGGAGAAGAUCAGAAUGCUUAACCUCACGAAGUGAAGGCGGUGAAUGUCUGGACAUUUCGGUGCAAAUGACGUGUAUGUUUUAUGGGAACUGUUUUACAUUGGCUGGUGGUGUCACAUGUGCGCGAACUCUAGCAUCUAGCAAUGGAUUGCGGACUUUUCCAAGACGAACUCUCCUGGAUCCGUCGCCUUAUUGGAGAACACGGUUUGUCCACUGUACUUUGCACGCUACGUGGCCUGGUGGCAUGUACAGUGCUGUUGCGUUGAACUGUCGUAAAUGCACAUGUACAAGGAAUAUCGUCAUCGUGACAUGAGGUCCACUUUUGAUUUCAAGUGUUCUAUUCAGAUUGAUUAUCCGUUAUAAUAACCAGAAAAGUGCAGAUCAGCGUUGAGAGCUAUGCAGAGCACAAUUUUGUACAGUUUUCUGCCCGUUUUGAGCAUAUGUCAUUAUUUAUGAAAAAAAAAAUUGCAGAUAAAGAUUUGUCUUUUUGAGGUAUCA